CUUGUCUUCACUACCUAACAUCUUUAACCUCGAUAUCCAACCUAUCACCACCUAGAAUCCGUCUGCGCAGGACCUCGCUAGCAUUUUUCAACAGCUUCGCCUCACCUCGAAACAAAUUUCCAGCGUACUCAACCCAUCCAGCCUCCUCCGUCUUGCGCAAUGGAUUUUUGGGCUGCAGGCGACAGAGUGAGCGAGAGCGGUACUCGCCGCCACGUACCCAUCAGCAGCAUCAGAGAACCAUCUGAGCAUUUAUCUCCCAGGGCCAGUCACCGGAUCGAUACCCAACAGCCGGAAGAACGCCGAGACACGGCCUUUGCUUCCCACCCAGACAAAGACGAAGUGCGCGAGGCCUUCACUGAUAUUGACCUUGGCCCAGAGCUGGAGAAGCAGGGAGUGCCGCCUCGCCCCAGCCAGAGGGCUCUUGGGCUGGUGGCUCUGCUCAGAUACUACGACAACCAGCUUGUGCCUGAAUUGGGUGUCGGCUUACAAUUUGACUCAGUCCUGAUUGUCAUGGUCACAAUCUUCCGAAUCUCACUAAUGGGCUUCGUUGGCUCUUGCCUAAGCCAAGGUGCGUGGCUUUGGGUAUCGGAAAUCUCGCAACAGCGUUACAGCCACGAUGCGCUGCUGUCAGACUUCAGCGUCUUUGAUGGAUCGUCUCGAGGAAUACGAGGCAGCUUGCGCUUGCUCUGGCGGAUGAAGCUCAAGCAUCUUGGGUGUAUCGGUGCGCUUAUCAUCAUCCUAUCACACUGGUUUGAGACCUUCAGCCAGCAAAUGGUUCUCUUUGAGCAGCGCCCCCGAAUUCUCAACCGUGGCGUUGACUCCGGUAACACACUGGAUGUUCCCAUGGAUCCAGCGGCCGAGUUCAACAUCUUCAAGGUAGCUCCCUCCAACGGAACAUCUCAUCCAAUCACAUCGACGAAUCGGGCCUACUUUUCGGUUUUUGACAUGCUCUCCCUCGUCCAAUCUGAAGAUCAGGGAUUGUCGGUCACGGGUACCGAAUGUGCUCUGUGGUUCUGCGUCCAGAGUUUCAAGCUCCUGGUCUAUGAUGGGACGCACAAUGAGACGAUUGUGGGAAACUGGUCCACCACGGAACGUGCACAUGUCGUUGGUGGCAACCUCCAUGGCGCUGGAUAUUCCUUCAUCGGCCUGCCUGACCAUCUAAACGCUGACAACACGACGACCUACUCAGUAUCCAAUGAGGCCAUAACCGCUUUGCGAACGUUCAUGGCUGACAUAACGUCUGGAGUUGUCCGCGCCGACACAAACGUGCUGGAUUACUCGUCGGACUGGGUUGAAGCCAUGUGGAACGCAACCAAUAACCUGGGGGCCUGGAUGGAGAGCUUCACGCGAGCCAUGACGGCCGAGUUUCGCAUCAAUGGGAGACUCUCGAACGGACUGGGCGGCACCAAGGUAUAUGCUGGAUCUGCCACGCAGCUUGCCCCUUUUAUCCGAGUCCAGUGGUGGUGGAUGUUUUACCCCGGCUGCAUGCUACUGAUCAGUUUCUACUACUUUGUCCGUACCGUUGUCAUCAGUGCUCGUCAUGGAGUGUCUGCUUGGAAAGGAGAUGCGUUGCCCAUGUUGUUCGUCCGAGUCGACGACAACAUUCACGCCCACGUCGGAGAUGGCAUGGACGUGCCAGGCGGCUUAAUGGACCGAGUUGGGCAUAUCCGGAUUGCCAUGUACAGGGAUGAAGAUGGACAAUGGAGGUUCAGGUCAACCAGAGAUGACCCUAAAGAAGCCUAACCAAAACGCGAUGCUAGCCAUUGAGGCUUUCCAUCGUCAAAGUGUCUCAGCCACCACCAGCAUCGUGGCCUACACGCCUACUCGUACAAGAUUGGCGGGAAAACCUACAGAUCCUGGCUACAGCUGCCCGACUGAGAAGCUCCCUAGAAGAGUUGAAGCCGCUGUGUAAGCUCCUCUCGUAGCAUACCAGGAUAAAUGACAAAUAUUUGAGACAGCUGGGAGAAGCUGACAAGCGCGUGAUGUGAAUAAGGUGUUGGGCCUAGAAUCCAAGUCCAUGCCUCGGCCCAUUGCAAGGAUGAACAGCAACCAAGUUUUUUUUUCGAUGCGGUUUUACAGGUGCCGGACAGCUGUAGUGCCAUGCGUAACGGCAUGUCGCGCCUGGAGAUUAAGGACCGAUUUCCGUGAUAUGCCACUACAGUGUAUGCUACUAGAGAAUGCUGAGGUAGUAAUGGAAGCACCUCCUCCUUCCCUAUCGAGGAAGGAGCUCGUCAGAUUCGGUUAUCACAGCCGUCAUUGCGACUUCCUCCAGCAGAGCAGCCGACGAUUUCC